UACGUGCUAACCCACCUGCGUGCGCGGCGGCCUGCUGUGAGGCGAAGCUUGCGGAGUUUUCUGCUCACGAGUUUUGCGAAUCGCUCAUCCAGCGCAAAAGACCCGCACAUUUCGGCCCGUAGACAUCGGACAGUCGCGCAGAGAGUCGUCUUAAAACUGUCCAACAUGGAAUCUGGUCUUCAGAAGCACCCGACAUCGUGCGACACCUUUGUGGCCCUGCCACCAGCCACGCGCAACGACUGCGUUGUGUUUGGCAAGAACUCUGACCGCCCUGCGGGGGAGGUGCAGGAGGUGGUGUACGUGCCCAAGACACAUCACGGCGCUUCCACCAAGUUGCAGUGCACCUACAUCGAAGUUGACCAGGUGGCCGAGACGUGUGCGGUCAUGCUGAGCAAGCCGGCCUGGAUGUGGGGUGCCGAGAUGGGUGCCAACGAGCAUGGCGUCUGCAUCGGCAACGAGGCCGUCUUCACGCACCUCAACGGACCGGACGACGAAACCGAGCGACUACUGGGCAUGGACCUGGUGAGGCUUGGCCUGGAGAGGGGCAAGACAGCCCGCGAGGCACUGGACGUGAUCGUAGCACUGGAGAAGCACGGCCAGGGCGGUCCCUGCUCCGACACAGAACCCUCGUUCACGUACCACAACAGCUUCCUUAUCGCCGACCGCACCGAGGCAUGGGUGCUCGAAACUGCUGGAAAGCUGUGGGCAGCCGAGAACAUCAAGACUGGCUGCAGGAACAUCUCCAACUGCCUUUCCAUUGAGACCAAGAUCGACCUGUGCAGCCAAGGGCUGAAGGAGGAAGCCAAGAAGCUCGGCUUCUGGGAUGACAGCCGGGGGGACCUCAAUUUCCGUCUCGCAUUCAGCACGGGUGAGGUCGACAGCCGCUACACGUGUGGCAAGCAGCUUCUCGAAAAGUUCUCGGCAAAAGACGGCAUUGGAGAGGAGGAAAUGAUGAGGGUGCUCAGGGACAAGCGUAGCGGCAUUUGCAUGUCCUCCGGCUCCUUUGUGUCCACAGGCAGCCAGGUUUCCGUGCUUGCUCCUGCUUCGAGCAAGAGGCUUUCCUGCCACUGGUUUACGGGCACACCUGACCCGGCGCACUCGGUGUUCAAGCCUUUCAUUUUCUGUGACCAUGUGCUUCCUUCGCGACACACCGUCUCGCCCGUGUUUGAGCAUGACCCAGCUAAGACCAAGCCACGCUUCGAGUUCACCGUCGACCGUCGCCACACCUUGUACCGGCACCACGAGCAGGCCCUGAAGGCGAUGCAGGCGGGAAGCGCAACGGGCAAAGAGCUACACGCGCUGAUGACCGAGCUAGAGGCCAAGUGCAUCCGCGAGGUGGACAGCUACCUGGACAAUCCCGGGAGCACUCAAGAGCUGCAGGAGCUCUUCAAGGACGUCGUCGAGAGCGAGAUCAAGUUCUACAAGUAGACGGCAUCGCCCCCUUGCACGUGUGGCACUUACACGCACUGCCUCGCGCAUUGUUCGGUGAGGCGAGCUGACUCGCUCGUUCGCCACGGAUGCCGUUUUGUUGCUCCUUUCCUUUGCCUCGCUGCACUGCCAGUGUUUAUCAACUCGGGGCACCCAGUGUGCUCUGAACUGUGUUCAGGUUGUGGGAGUGCUAUUUCGUUUUUGUGAGCUUCGACGAAGCUAUACGAAUUUUUCACCAGUGAUUAUUGUAACAGUUACUAUCAAAUGCCUGUUAACUCGACGUGGCAUUGUAAUGUUCAAUAUAAUGCUGCCUUAUCCGCUUUCAUUGUGCAGCUGUGGGCCCUGUGCGUGUUGACCGGAAAGCACACUUACGCGGGCCUUCUACUUGAUGGAUAGAGGUACGCUUGUUUUGUCACGCACUUAUUUGUUGAGGCAGGCUGGUAGGUGGUACACAGGCGUGACUGUUAUCUGCGCAGUAUUUCUUUCGUGAGGCUAUGAUAAUGGUGAGUCAAUGUCCUGCAGUGCUUUUUUUUUUUCUAAGUCAUUUUGCUUUUCUUUCUUUAUUUGGAAACAAGGGUCCUAGAGCGUAGUAGGCUGUGUUUCUGUAGGCUGUGAUAGAUCGCUUUUCGUGUACUACUUGUGACAUAGGAUCUAAGGCAUUUGUUUUAUUUCGUUUGUUAUGUGAUGCUCACAUUUCAGCCUCGGCAUAUUUUGAAAAUUAUGCCAUGAUUUCAAUACUGCUGAUACGCAAGCUGCAUUGUGUAAGGCUAAGCGAAGAUAAACACAUGACCAAAUGAUUCGUAGGUUCAGUCUUGCAAAUUCUUGAGCAACAAAGAACCAUGAAUGUCGGUCAUAGAUCCUUGUUGCUGAGGGUGCAUGUGUCGGUAAAGCUGCCGGAACCCUACAAAGUCCCCUCGGGAUGUCAAAAAUGCUAAGUACCAACCCUCGGGACAUUGCUGCCUACGGUUGCUAUGCGCCACAUGAUCAAAGCAGAGCAGUCACUUAAUGGUCGAGAAGAUCCAAAAGCAUACCACAUAUGCUUUGUUAGCAUUGGGAUAUGACCAUGUGGUCAACACGUUGGUUGUCUGCACCUCAUCAGUAAAAGUUCCCUUUAUUAACUCUUAAGCUGCUCUGAAUGUAGGUCAAAAAGCAUAUCCCAAAAGGUAGUUUUGGAAAAAACUACAAUGAAUGUGAAAUGGUGAUAACCUUGAGUGGGUGAAGUUUGCCUCCGCAUAGAUAUUUAUUUGUAUGUACCCUUGUAAAGCUUUCAUGUUGUAGUCUACAUUUCUUGCUUUGGUUUGUUCAGACAGAGAGCCAUGUUCAUUGCACCUUGAUUAAAAUGUGCUUAGCAGCGGUUAUGGCAGCUGUUAAGCGCUUCCUGUUGCGGCUUCGUGUGUGGCUUACGCGCACUUAUCUAAAGGCGACUGAAAUGCUUCCACGUCCAGGACACGUCUUCUUGCAGCUUUUGCAUGUGCAUGCUACAGAGCUCAUGCUUCCUUGAUGUCCUGUGAUGACCAGCCUUGCGCAUAGUUCGAGGUUUGUUACAUUCCACACAAGGAAGGGUCCGAUUGACUUUGUAGAGUGGUGUGAGAAGUUUUUACUAAGAUAAGCGCCGCGUUGUUCAUGAGAGGGCGGCAAAGGAAUGUAUGCGCACCGUGUGACAGGAAGAGGGAGUGUGAUAUAGAGAUGGUUUUUAAACUGUUGAUGAGGUGCGAGGAACAAGGUGCUUGGUGAACCUGGAAUUUUAUUAAGUUCCAGUUCAGAACCAUCGUAGGCCUUCUUUACCUUUCUCCAGGUCAUAAAUGCUUCGGGAACGUGUUCUCGAAUUGUGGCCAAAGCCACAUAGCAGGUGGCAGUAUAAAUUCGUAGUUAGACUCUUACGCAUGUUGCAAGCAUUAAGUUGUUGAAGCAUAAACCUCCUGUAGGUAGGCAGAGGUGUGUUUAUAAACUGAGGACUGUGGCAUGUCUGAGCAGUAGAAAUGGUUGUGAAAGAACAGGAAUUAUCGAUCCUGAAGACAUUAGGUUAGCAGCUUUUCGACGCUGCGUUUCAUGUUUUUUGAUCGACGCGGUAUAAAUGUGCUCACGAUCACUUUUUCCACCUACAUCUGAUAUAGGACGCAUUCCCAAGCAGUCAUUUCAUUUUGCCAUGUUUCUUUAAUGUGGCAUCUUACGUGGCCAUGUGUGUUUAAUAAAUUGCGAGUAUUUGCUGAAACGACAUACAGUACGAUUGUUCUUGGUAAAUCAGUGCCACUUAUUCAAAACGUCCCUAAGAGUGCAGUGCUUGGCAGAAUGAUGCCUUUUUGUUGUUCGAAUACUUGGUUGAAAAAAAGCUCCAAUGAAAAGAAAAAAAGGCCAGCCUAAAUAAACAUGUUCCAUAAUUAUAAGUAGCUUGGUUAUGUAAGGGCCGUUAUAGUGCUUUGAAAUUGGACCUUGCUGGUGAUAUGUCACAGAUCUUACAUUGUGCUAGAAUUAUGUUUUUCGUUACAGUGAUAUGUUACACAGUACUACAUGUUUGAUCACUCAUUUGUAAGGACAUUAAUCGGACUGUCUGGAUUGUUAAAUUACCAGAUUACACUUAAAUGAAGGCUAACUCGAAAGGUUACAAUUGCAAGUGAAAGAGCUUUACUGUUAUUUCACAACUCUUAUUAAGGGUCUAUGCCGAAGUUAGACGAGGUUAUGCUGGUGAUUGCUAAUGUCAUGCAUUUCUGCCUACAUAUAGAGGUCUCUCAAUUCUAAUGAAAAUCGCUAAUAAAGCAGCAUGAUAGCAGCCUGAAGUGGCUGAUUGCAAUUUACAAUAAUUAGAAAUUGAAAAUGUUACAUAUGGGAGCUGUUACUUCAUCUUCGUGAUGGUGGCACCAUUCUUGCCCCGUGCUUACUUACCAUUCUCACAAAAAGCACCAUUCUCGGUAAAUCUGAUGCUUUGGACAUUUUAAAAAACUGGUCCAUACAUUCAUAACAUGGCUCAACUUUUUCCAUUAGUGCACCUGUAGGACACUCACACUUGCGAACUACUGGCAAUCACUUUUAAUUAUCGUUUUAGCUUUUUCGUCUGUGAUGUUUUUUCAGUGGCUAUGUUUCAAGCUGUUUGCAUGUUUGAAGAAAAGUGGGUCGUUUUUAUUAUUAGUUCACUAGAUACACAGUGACACAAGUCAAUCUCAUGUUGUUGCUGUCAGUUAAAGGAGUACUGACACGAAAUUUGGAAGGUGAGACAACUUGUGGGAUAGAUUUGUGUGGGCACACACACAUCAUCUAAAAAAUAUCAACGGCUAAUAGAUCCCAGACCAUAUCUACAUAAAAAUUUUAAAGUGUGUGUUGCCCAACUGGACGCAAAAUGCGCCACCUCACGGCAUUGACACCAACUUGGUUUUGAUGUAAACAACCUGCAUCACGAGUUUGUGUUGGCCGCCAUAAUCAUUGCGAGCGCUCUCUCCUAGCAGACCUUUCCAAUGUAAAGAGGGAGCACUUCCUUUUUGGAGUUGCACAGGAGUACAAAGGCUGACGGUCCUGCCUUGGCAGUGCAUUUUUGGAGGGGUCACGUAUAUUUACAACGUCUGAGAGGGGAUUAUAGCAGCCCCCAGAGAGCCUUCGUUGAAAAGAGUUGUUAACGCGGUGCUUACAUGCACGUAGUUUUUGUGUGCUUACGUAGCCAGCUAUGUUUACAAUGAAACCACUCUGGGUCCCGCCUCUCUCGGCGUUCUCCGAAACCAAAACUGCGACUGGGCAUUAUAAAACUGUCUCCGAAUAAUUAACCAUCGUGCACUCAAGCAAUCGAGGUUUCCAGCCAAGUUGAUCGUUAACUACUUAUUGCAACAGAGAAAACAAGAUGGAAAAUUUUUGCGUCAGCGUUCCUUUAGGUAGAAAGGUGGGCAACUUGGAAUCAAUGCAUACUUGAAAAACCAGUGUGUGCUGAACACAGGACAGCACUUUGCCUGUGUUCAUCUUCUCUUUGUUCUCCAUCAUCUUCACGCUGGUUACCUGAAGUAUGCUGUUGCAUGGAUGUUUUCAUUUGUGGAAGUGUCUGUGUAAAUUUCUAGCCCUUGUUGCUAGUUCUUCGUUCUGGGCAACAGGUAUUUCAUAUUCAAGCCAGGGACACGUUGGCAUUACCCGAGCUUUGAAUUGUAAGGCCUGGCUUUGUGUCAUACAGGGUUUGAAAAGUCUGCACUGGUGUAACCUACCACCAUGAAGUGAGAAUUCAUGCCUGCUAGUUGUUACAAUGGGGUUACGGUUUUGUUUAUCAUGGACAAAAUGUCAGGUGUUUGCAGCUUUGCUACAUCAGCGCUUUCUGAUGUCACUAAGAGCACAUAAGACUGCAAGCACAAUUUUUCUGUUUGCGUUCGCCUUGAAGUAAGAAAAUUACAGUCCGUGGCUGUAUGAGCAACAGUCAUCUUGAUUCUGUGUGGAGCUGGCUCUGGUUGCCAAAGCGCACUCUGGGUUUUGGAAGCGUCAAACAUAAACCUGAGCCCAGCUGUGUUAGACUCCUUUCUUUCUAGCUCUGUGACCACAUCUUUCACUAGCACACACCUCGAUUAGUGCACUAUCGACGAAUGUUAAGCCGAAAAUGACUUUGCGUGCACUUUGAGCAAUGUAGCUAUAGUUCUACUCCCAUGCUUUUGGUGAUCUUAAACUGCUUCAGUCCUGCAACCUGCAUUUUCAAACUUGCUGUGAUGUGACCUUUGCUGUAGUAAUGUCAUGCGGGAUGUGCUGUGAGAGUGAAUACAUGCUGAAGUUGAGACAUACCAUCCGGAAUACUGCGAGUCAUCCUGUUGUUUUGGCAGCCUUGUCGGGAAUGUUCAGCAAACAUGUAAGCUCACAUUAACUGCAAUUUGUUGAGCCUAAUCUUAACUGUGAAAAAGCUCAAGCCUAUUUGUGCAUGCAUGCUAUGGCAUACUUAAGUAUGGCAGUCAAUGGAUAACUGCGACACUUGUGGCCAACGUAAACCUGUAUCCCCUUCAGUGAAGUUCCUAUUGUUAUUUUUUAGCUAUAGUUUACUUUUGACACCAAUCGUUCCUUUUUUUAAUGUUAUCAUUGUGCCUUGUUUGACAAAUUUUGUUGCAGCAAACAGUGUUCUCCACAGUGUGGUACUCUGAUGCCUGUGGUAACUUGCUUUUUUAAUGACGUUUGUAUUUCUUUAGACUUUAGUGCAUGGCGAAGUUGGUUGUAUUUGACUUCACUCUCAUUUGAAAGGAUGGACAUUAAUAAAGCAUGACAGCUUCA